UCCAUCCUCCGCCGGGCACCAUGAGCAACCGGCUCCGGAGUCUCAAGUUGGCGUUUUUGACAGCGCUCCAUUGUUUGCUGGUGACUGGAUGCGUCUGCGGGGAUGCGCACUCCACGUUUCCUGAAGGAAACCAUUUGAACUCGACGAUUCAACACAGACCGACAGCCAAGCAGAAAAACUACAGGACAACAGUACCUCUCUUACUGGUCGGACACAACUGGAAACCAGUCACUCUACUCCAGUCCCAGGGUCAUCCUGCUUCGCUGAAGUUCCUGAUUGAAGCGGAAGGUGAGCAGCUGCUCCUGGCUGUGGAGAAAAAUGAGGGGCUGUUUGCAAGUCACUAUUCAGAAACCCAUUACCUGGAGGACGGCGGAGUGGUCACGGGCUCUCACAACAUCACGGUAAACUGCUACUAUCACGGUGAGGUAGAGGGUCAUGCCCGAUCGGACGUCACCCUCAGUACCUGUGCUGGACUCAGGGGCCUCAUCUCGCUAGAGGACAGAUCAUAUGUGUUGGAGCCCUCGACUGAUCAUGCCAAUGGAGCCCAUUGGAUCUACAGAGCUGAGCACCUCAACCUUGCUCCAGGCACCUGUAGUCAAGAUUUCAACAUAUCCUAUCCCAAUGAACUUCACCCGAACCACACAGACAGCAGCCCGUUCAGGGAUUUCAGCACGAGGCAUAAAAGACAUGCCCAGACGACCACCAAGUAUGUGGAGCUGAUCAUCGUGGCUGACAACAGAGAGUUCCAGAAGCAAGGCAAGGACAUUGAGAAGGUCAAACAGCGGCUGGCCGAGAUCGCCAAUUAUGUGGACAAGUUCUACAGGGCCCUGAAUAUCCGUGUGGCUCUGGUAGGUCUGGAGGUGUGGAGUGAUGCAGACAAGUGUCCCGUCACCCAGGACCCCUUCACCACCCUGCAUGAGUUCCUGGACUGGAGGAAGGUCAAGCUGCUGCCUCAGAGGCCUCACGAUAACGCCCAACUGGUCAGUGGCGUGUACUUCCAGGGCACCACCAUUGGCAUGGCACCCAUCAUGAGCAUGUGCACAGCAGAACAGUCUGGGGGUAUUGUUAUGGACCACUCAGAUAACCCCCUAGGAGCAGCAGUCACCCUGGCCCAUGAGCUUGGGCAUAACUUUGGAAUGAACCAUGACACGCCAGAGAGGGGGUGCGGUUGCAGAGUGACGGUGGAUCGUGGAGGCUGCAUAAUGACCCCCUCCACAGGGUACCCAUUCCCCACGGUGUUCAGCAGCUGCAGCAAGAAGGACCUCACCGCCAGCUUUGAGAAAGGCGUGGGCAUGUGUCUUUUCAACAUGCCCGAGGUCAAGGUGCUCUACGGUGGGCAGAAAUGCGGCAAUGGCUACGUGGAAGAGGGCGAGGAGUGCGACUGCGGAGAACUAGAGGAGUGUGUGAAUCCCUGCUGUAAUGCCACUACCUGCACAUUGAAGGGUGAUGCUGUAUGUGCCCACGGCCAGUGCUGCCAGGACUGUCAGUUGAAGCCAGCGGGCACCCCGUGUCGUGAAUCAAGUAACUCUUGUGAUCUGCCAGAGUUCUGCACGGGGGCCAACCCCCACUGCCCUGCAAAUGUCUACCUGCAUGACGGCCACGCCUGCCACAAUGUGGAUGGUUACUGCUACAAUGGCAUCUGCCAGACCCACGAGCAGCAGUGCGUCACACUAUGGGGCCAAGGAGCCAAGGCGGCCCCAGGCAUCUGCUUCGAAAGGGUCAAUUCAGCAGGAGACCCCUACGGCAACUGUGGGAAGGACUCCAAGGGCUCCUUUGCCAAGUGCGAUGCGCGAGACGCUAAGUGUGGCAAAAUUCAGUGUCAAGGAGGAGCCAACCGCCCUGUAAUUGGCACCAAUGCCGUUUCCAUAGAAACAAACAUCCCACUGCAGGAAGGGGGACGGAUCCUGUGCCGGGGGACUCAUGUCUACCUUGGUGAUGAUAUGCCUGAUCCUGGACUGGUACUGACUGGCACAAAGUGUGGCGAUGGGAUGAUGUGUCUGAAUCGACAGUGCCAGAAUAUCAGUGUCUUCGGUGUGCACAAGUGCUCAGCAAAGUGCAGUAGUCACGGGGUAUGCAACAAUAAUAGGAAUUGUCAUUGCGAGGCCCACUGGGCCCCCCCAUUCUGCGACAAGGCAGGAUUUGGAGGGAGUGUGGACAGCGGUCCCGUGAGAUUAGCAGACAAUGGGAGCCUGACAGUGGGCAUCCUGGUAGCUCUCCUCUCCCUCCUCGGGGCCGGUCUUAUCAUCUGUAUCAAAAGGAAAAACCUGCUGGGCCAACUUCUCAACAAUAAAAAGAACCCAAUCGAGAAGCUCAGGUCAGUGAGUACUGGGACAAGCAGACCGUCCAGUCCCAACCCGCCCCUGUCGGUGAACACAACCUCUCCACCUCGGCAGGCUCCACCUCGGCAGGCUCCAUCUCAGCCCCACAGCGCCAGCAUCUUCAAGCCUCCUCAUCGGGGGCCGCAGCCGCUGCUCCCACAGGCCCCCUACUCCUCCCACAGCCUGCGCAGACUGCCCCAGUGCCCCGCGGUUCACCUCAGCCACCCGUUACCCCUGUCUCUCACCCUGUCCCUCUCACCAGUACCCAGACCCCUGGUAGCCGGGCAGCCGAAGCCCCCGGCCCCUCCGCCCCACAGGGCCCCUCCGCCUCACACCCACACCCAUAUUCCACCCAGGGGGGCGUCCUUCCGCGGUGUGCCACGCCAUAACUCCUGCAGGACAGCGAUGGAGUUGGACAAGCCAAGCCCUCCCCAGAAGCCGCUUCCCGCUGACCCUCUGGGUAGGAGUUCCCGUCUGGUGCGGAGUCCAUCUGCAGUGCAUGGCCACAAAGUGAUACAUGGUCCCAUUGUGCUCCAACCGCCAUCUGCUGUCUGUGGUCCUCCUGACGCCCCGAGACCUGCACGCCCUGCCCCGCAUCCCAACAGACCGAUUCCCAAGCAACCUCCGACGCUACCAAAGCCCCGAAUAAUUGCCAACAUCAAAUACAGGAGCUGA